CCACUGCAAGUGAAGCUCGCCCGCCUUUGGUAAUAGAUCUAACAACAUCCGUCAGCGAGUGUCCCAACGACCGCCUGAAGUGCACGUACCGCUCAGGCCUGGAUGACCUGGCCGAGGUUUUGCAGGGCGCCAGUCAACUCCUGGAUAAGCCCGCUGACAUCCAAUCCCGACCCCGACCCCGACCCCGAUCCCGAGCUCGUCGACGCCGCACCGGUCUUCGCGUCGACCUGCGCGCCGACGGCCGCCGUCGCACUCACGCUCGGCGCGCUGCCCGAGCCAGUCGCCGACCCGCCCGACGCCCCGCUGCCGCCCGCGCCGAACGCAUCGACGAGGCUGCCGACGAGGUCGAGGAUCUGGCCGAGGAGCCCGCUCACGUCCGCGCUGACGCCCGCGGUGGCGCACAGCGAGAUGUCGUCGCCGGACGAGUCCGAGCAGGACUGGCCGGAGGGCGCAGAGGUGCUGGUCGCGGUGGGCUCUGUCGCUGAGCUCGAGCUCGAGGCGGGGGCCGUGGAGGUGGGCGCGGGCUGCGAGUCGGUGGCCGUGGACGUGGGUGCAGGGUCCGAGUCGGUGUCCGUGGAGGUGGGGGCAGGGUCCGAGUCGGUAGCCGUGGAGGUGGGCGCCGUGUCCGUCGCCGUGGAGGUGGGGGCAAGGCCAGAGUCGGUGGCGGUGGAGGUCGGCGCGGGCUCCGAGUCGGUGCAGCCGCAGUCCUCGUCGGGGCCGCUGGCGCCGUCCGUGCUCGCGCGCUUCAGGUUCGCGUCGACGCCGACGUUGGCGUUGACGUCGACGUCUACGGCGUCGUCGGCGCCGCCGUCCGCGCGCAGGGACACCCCGACGUUGCCGCCGGCGUUGACGGAUAUGGCGUUGUUGCCGCCGUUCCCGUUGCCGCCGUUCCCGUUGCCACCGUUGCCGUUCCCGCCCCUGCCGCCGCCCCAGGUGCGACGCGCCACCGAGAUGGGGGCCACAGCUAAGCCGGAAAAUCUCAGCGCCGCUGGCAGCGGAAGGCUCCGCAGACGGCACACCCGAGGGCAAGACGCUGGACAUCGGGACACUAGGGCCACUCGGGAAGGCACUCGGGAAGGCACUCAUGAAGGCACUCGGGAAGGCCGGCAUGCCCGGGAAGGCGGAGGAGCCCAUGCCGGGGAAGGCGGGGGAGCCCGUCGGGACGGGCGCGGCGGGGUACGCGGCGGAGGGGUACGCGGGGGCGCCGAGGGCGGCGAGCGCGCAGGCGAGGAAGGAGAGGUAGGCGGAGCGCAUGGCUGCUGGAAGCUUAAGGAGCGUGGGGCUGCGGGGCGGGUAAUCAGCGACGCGUAGGCGAACGAACCUGUAGAGAGCACUCACCGAAAGAGCG